GAUAGCAAUCCCUGCCCUCUCCCCAGUGCCGGGCUGUUGGAGAGCCGGAGCCGCAAGCCUGGGAGCUCGGUGCGCCGGCCGGCGAACCCAGAGCGCGCGGUGGCCGGGCUGGCAGGCGCCGGGGGACCCCUCACCCUCUCAGGCUGCGCCUCCUCGGGCUCUCCCAUCCUCUGUGCCUGCAGAAGUCCCCAGGGCUUCCCCAAAGGAGCUCACCUCCAGGGUUCCGAACCCCAGAGAGACCACCAAGGCCCCCUACGGAGCCGCAGCCACCGCCGCCCAGCCCGGCGCAGCAUGGUCCAGCUGCGGAAGCUGCUCCGCGUCCUCACUUCGAUGAAGUUCCCCUGCUGCGUGCUGGAGGUGCUCCUGUGUGCGCUGGCGGCGGCGGCGCGCGGCCAGGAGAUGUACGCCCCGCACUCUAUCCGGAUCGAGGGGGACGUCACCCUCGGGGGGCUGUUCCCUGUGCACGCCAAGGGUCCCAGCGGAGUGCCUUGCGGCGACAUCAAGAGGGAAAACGGGAUCCACAGGCUGGAAGCGAUGCUUUACGCCCUGGACCAGAUCAACAGCGAUCCCAACCUGCUGCCCAACGUGACGCUGGGAGCGCGGAUCCUGGACACUUGUUCCAGGGACACUUAUGCGCUCGAGCAGUCGCUCACUUUCGUCCAGGCGCUCAUCCAAAAGGACACCUCCGACGUGCGCUGCACCAACGGCGAGCCCCCCGUUUUCGUCAAGCCAGAGAAAGUAGUUGGAGUGAUUGGGGCUUCGGGGAGUUCGGUCUCCAUCAUGGUAGCCAACAUCCUGAGGCUUUUCCAGAUACCCCAGAUUAGUUAUGCGUCCACGGCACCUGAGCUCAGUGAUGACCGGCGCUAUGACUUCUUCUCUCGCGUGGUUCCACCUGAUUCCUUCCAAGCCCAGGCUAUGGUAGACAUUGUCAAAGCCCUGGGCUGGAAUUAUGUAUCUACACUUGCAUCUGAAGGAAGCUAUGGAGAGAAAGGUGUGGAAUCCUUCACACAGAUUUCCAAAGAGGCAGGUGGGCUCUGCAUUGCUCAGUCCGUGAGGAUCCCCCAGGAACGCAAAGACAGGACCAUUGACUUUGACAGAAUCAUCAAACAACUCCUGGACACUCCCAACUCCAGGGCCGUGGUGAUUUUUGCCAAUGAUGAGGAUAUAAAGCAGAUCCUUGCAGCAGCCAAAAGAGCUGACCAAGUGGGCCAUUUUCUGUGGGUGGGAUCAGACAGCUGGGGAUCCAAAGUAAACCCACUCCACCAGCAUGAAGAUAUCGCCGAAGGAGCCAUCACUAUACAGCCGAAGCGAGCCACCGUGGAAGGGUUUGAUGCCUACUUCACAUCCCGCACUCUAGAAAACAACAGAAGAAAUGUGUGGUUCGCCGAAUACUGGGAGGAAAACUUCAACUGCAAGUUGACGAUUAGUGGGUCCAAAAAAGAAGACAGUGAUCGCAAAUGCACAGGACAGGAGCGAAUUGGAAAAGAUUCCAACUAUGAGCAGGAGGGUAAAGUUCAGUUUGUGAUUGAUGCUGUCUACGCCAUGGCUCAUGCUCUUCACCACAUGAACAAGGACCUGUGUGCCGAUUACCGUGGGGUCUGUCCUGAGAUGGAGCAAGCUGGGGGCAAGAAGCUGCUGAAGUAUAUCCGCAAUGUGAACUUCAAUGGUAGUGCAGGCACCCCAGUGAUGUUCAACAAGAAUGGUGAUGCACCGGGGCGGUACGACAUCUUUCAGUACCAGACAACAAACACCACCAGCCCUGGUUAUCGUCUCAUUGGUCACUGGACUGAUGAACUUCAACUAAAUAUCGAGGACAUGCAGUGGGGAAAAGGAGUCCGUGAGAUCCCACCCUCAGUGUGCACACUGCCAUGCAAGCCUGGCCAGAGGAAGAAGACCCAGAAGGGCACGCCUUGCUGCUGGACCUGUGAGCCCUGCGAUGGCUACCAGUACCAGUUCGAUGAGAUGACAUGCCAGCACUGCCCCUACGACCAGCGACCCAAUGAAAAUCGAACUGGCUGCCAGAACAUCCCCAUCAUCAAGCUAGAGUGGCACUCCCCCUGGGCAGUCAUCCCUGUCUUCCUGGCGAUGUUGGGGAUCAUUGCCACCAUUUUUGUCAUGGCUACCUUCAUCCGCUACAAUGACACUCCCAUUGUGCGGGCGUCGGGGCGAGAACUCAGCUACGUCCUGCUGACGGGCAUCUUCCUGUGCUACAUCAUCACCUUCCUGAUGAUAGCCAAACCUGACGUGGCGGUGUGUUCUUUCCGGCGCGUCUUUCUGGGCUUGGGGAUGUGCAUCAGCUACGCGGCCCUUUUGACAAAAACCAACCGGAUUUAUCGCAUAUUUGAGCAGGGCAAAAAAUCUGUGACAGCUCCCAGACUCAUCAGCCCGACAUCCCAGCUGGCAAUCACUUCCAGCUUAAUAUCGGUUCAGCUUUUAGGUGUUUUCAUUUGGUUUGGUGUUGACCCACCCAACAUCAUCAUAGAUUAUGAUGAGCAUAAGACCAUGAACCCUGAGCAGGCCAGAGGAGUUCUCAAAUGUGAUAUCACAGAUCUUCAGAUCAUUUGCUCAUUGGGAUAUAGCAUUCUUCUCAUGGUCACAUGUACUGUGUAUGCCAUCAAGACUCGGGGUGUGCCAGAGAAUUUCAAUGAAGCCAAACCCAUUGGGUUCACUAUGUACACAACAUGUAUUGUAUGGCUUGCUUUCAUUCCAAUAUUUUUUGGCACUGCACAGUCAGCAGAAAAGGCCCUGCUGCAAAAAAGAAGUAUGUCAGUUAUAAUAACCUGGUUAUCUAACCUGUUCUGGUCCAUGGAACUGCGGAGGAGGAAGACCCUCGGUUAUUCAGUCACCCAACCUGGCAUAGGACUCUUUUGGUCCUGCCCACUUCCUAACACCAGAGGAGCAUCCCCGGCCGGGAGACCAGCGGUAGAGGAUCCAAGUGUCCUAAACAGUUGCUUUAUGAAAUACCCUUACUUUACCUUGGCUUAAAAAGUCACUGGCAUGAGCACUGCCACCUUGGCCGACCGCCAUUCUGGAUGCCCCUCCCACAGGGAGAGUUAAGACUUAGUCUCACCUGGCUCUCCUGGACGACGAGCUAAGAGCCGCAGGACCGUUCCGGGGCUGACCUGUCUUUCUACGUCUGUACUUCCAGGCUGCAAGGUUUUGAAAUUUUCUGUACAGUUUGUGAGGACUUUUGCACUUUGCCAUCCGAUGUUGUACCUUAGUUCACUGUUUGUUUUCGAAUGCCCUGUUUUCAUAGAGCCCUGUCCUCCCAGAAGGUGGAAUCUUUGGGAAAUUUUUAAUACAAUUAAUUGAAAAAAAAAUCUCGGCAGAAGAAAGAAAACACACACCCCCACACACAUCUGUAUGUGACUGUAUAAUUAUGAUUAUAGUACCACUGCAAAUCAUGCUAUUUUUUUUAAAACACAAAAGAUACUUAAAGACCAAAAACUGUGCUGAGAAAGUAUGCCCCACCUAUCUUUGGUUUGUGGUAGGUUAUGAGGAAGGAAAGCUUGGCUAAAUGGAAUGGAGGCCUCGAUCUUUGGAAUGCAUGCUAGUAAUGUAUUUUACAGUACAUGUUAAUAAUUUAUGUUCAAUAUUUGAGUUCUUUUUAUUUUAAUUAGGGUAUAUGGAUAUUUUUGCAAUGAUUUUAACAAUUAUUAAGCUAUUUGAAGGAAAGAAUAUGGAUUUUUCAUGUCUUGAGGUUUUGUUCAUGCCCCCUAUGACUGACCAGUGUGAUAAGGACUUUAAAAAAAGCAUGUAUGUUUUUUACUGUUUGUAAUGAGUACUUUCGUUAAUCUUGCUGCUUAUGUGCCAAUUUAGUGGAAAAAAAGUCCCUUGCUGAAAAAAUUCCCUUUCCAUUCUCUUUCAAUUCUGUGGUAUUGUCCAAGAAUGUACCAAUAAAAUACUUUGGUUAACUUUUUCA